CAAGAAUGGAGACAUUAACUUUUUUCUUCCUCUUAUUUCCUCUACUCAAUAUAUUUUUUCUAUGUUCAUGUGAAGUACCACAAACAACUUUAUAUCUUCCAAUCACCAAAGAUGCAUCCACUCUACAAUACAUUACAGAAGUAGGUCAAAGAACUCCUUUAGUCCCCAUAAAACUCUUUGUCCAUCUUGCUGGUAGAAGCUUAUGGGUGGAUUGUGACAAAGGUUACAAAAGUUCAACUUACAAACCAGCUGUAUGUAAUUCCACACUAUGCUCUUUUGCCAACUCACAUGCCUGUGGAGACUGCCUAUUCAAAUCUCAACUUCAGCCUGGAUGCAACAAUAAUACAUGCUACAUUUGGGGUGAAAAUCCCUUGAUUAAUAGUUACAUGGAUCGCGCAGAAAUUGCUGAAGAUAUAUUGGCCAUUGGUUCUACUCCUGGUGUUCGUAUCACUUGGCAGAGGUUUAUUUUCACUUGCGUUGAGUCCUAUCUAGCAAGACGCCUAGCCAAUGGAGUCACAGGAAUUGCUGGUUUUGGACAUGAAAGUCCACUUUCUAUUCCCAAUCAACUUGGUUUAGACCCUACAUUAAACAAGAAGUUUGGUAUGUGUUUGAGCUCAUCUACAAGAUCUCGUGGAGUGAUUUUCAUUGGUUCUGGCCCUUAUUAUGUUUACAAUCCUAAGAAGGUCGACAUCUCAAAGAAUCUUGUCUACACCAAAGUAAUCACAAACAGGGGAUUUCUGUUAUCUGAAGAGUAUUAUAUCCAAGUUUCAUCCAUCAGGAUUGCAGGACAAGACGUGCCACUAAAUAGAACCUUGCUAUCUAUUGAUAAAAACAAUGGAGUUGGUGGUACCAAAAUCAGCUCAACAAUACCUUUCACAAUCUUGCAUACUAGUAUUUACGAUGCUGUUAAAAUUGCUUUCAUCAAGGCACUUCCAAAGAAUGUAACACUUGUAGAGCCUCCUAUGAAACGAUUUGGAGUUUGCUUUAGUUCCAAAAACAUUAGAAGCACUAAGGUUGGACCAGAUGUUCCUCUGAUCGAUUUUCUCUUGCACAAACCAAGUGCAUUUUGGAGGAUUUAUGGAGCAAAUUCGGUUGUACAAGUUAAAAAAGACGUUAUGUGUUUAGCCUUUGUUGGACGAGAACAAACAUGGGAACCAUCGAUUGUGAUUGGAGGACAUCAAUUGGAAGAGAACUUGUUGGUAUUUGACCUUCCAAAAAAGAAGAUAGGUUUCGGCUCCUCACUCAAGCUCAAACAAACAUCAUGCUCCAUGUAUGAUAAUAUCAUUCAAGCAUAAGAGCCCGUUUGAAUUGACUUAUUUUAAGUGUUUUUAAUAUGAAAAUAUCUAUAAAGAACUUAUGUAAGGUAGUAUUUUUAAGUCAAGAAGACAAAAAUAAGUGAAAAAAAACAACUUUAAGGCUCUAUGUACCAUUCUAGUUUUCAUAUUUCUUGCAAUAAAUAAUCGCUACACAUCUAUUUUA